AUCAAUAAAUGGAGUGGAAAGAUAGCGGAGCAGGGAAUUAGGGUUUGGGUCGCGAAAGAGAAAGAAUCGAAGAGGAUGGCGAAGUUCAAUGUGGUGCAGAAGCAGAGGAGAGCCUCGAUCGCCGAGAGGAAGAGGAAGAUUCACGGCCACCCUGUAACCGGAAAGCUCAAGGUCAAGGACCAACCCUCCUCCCUCUCCGGCAAGCGCAAGCGCAAGCUCUUCAAACAAUGGCGCCGAGAGCAAAAGGAAGCCUUGGAGAAAGGCUUGGUGAGCAUGGAAGAUGUGCAAAUGGCAGUUGCCGAAGCAGCUGGGGAGGCCAAAGAUAGUAGUAGUAAAUCUUCAGGAAAAUUUCACUUGAAGAAGAGCUUGAAACUUAAGCAACUGAAGAAGCACAAAGGCAAAGGGAAGAACAAAAGAAAAUCUAAUGUGUCUGCUGCUGCUGCUGAGACUUCGGCUGAUGCUAUGGUGGAAUAGACAUGAAAAAUAUUUUAUAUUAAUUUUUUUCUUACUCUUGUUUUUUCUCUAUCCUUUGUUUUCUCCCUUUCAUCUUUUUCUUCUUUUUUCUCCAUGGUAAUUUAGUGCAAGAAGAGGCAAAGUAGAAUGAUGUAAAAUGUUUUAAUCCUUGAAUUUUGAUAUGGUCUAUAUAUAUUCAUAUAUUUUCACC